AUGGCAGUGCUCGAGGAAGGAACAGGGAGGAAGAAGGAAGGUCUAGAUAACCAGUCGGAGCCCGCGGCGGCGAGAUGCGCGGGCUCGAGAGCACUCCCGGUGGCCGGUGACCCCGUGCCGAGCGAUUGCGAGGGCUUUCCGGAGGUCAAUAUCGGCGCCACCGACCGUGAAAUGCCCAUCAGUAUCAAGCCUGAGCUGUCCCAAACCGUCCUUAUCUUGGCCCUGAUCAGAAUGGGCAAGGGCUACCACUUGGUGGCCCUGGUAGCCUCUGGAUCGUCACUGCACUCGGCUCCUCUGCAGCGGUCUCGGCUCUCGCCACGACAGCACGCCGACGGCAAGCUUUGA